CGUCAUGUGUGAGGGCUGGGCCCAUUAGCGAUUUGAUAAGGCUCAUCUGAACCAAUAAGAGCCGACACAUUCUGAACUUCUGGUUAUUUGCUGUUCUGACGUUCGUCCUCAGUGCAGGUCAACAGCAUAGGAACAGCACCAUGGCUGCCUUUCUUCAUCACUGCCCCUUUUUGAAGUCGGCUCCAAAGCCAGCUCUGAGGAGAACCGGAGCCGCUUUGCUCUCUCUGGCAGACCAAUGUCCCAUGAUAACUCGUCAGAUCAGCGUGAGCAGCCCAACCUCAGCCACCAAACCCAGGAGUCACCCCAUUUCCUCGGUGCACCAACAGAAGAUGUUUGCUCAAACCGCCACUCAGGUGGCUGUGUCUCUAUCAAACAGAUGCCCUUUUGUUACUUCUGAGAUCGGGGUGGUCAAGGCCAGCCCUCAAGUACAGGAGGACGUCCAGGAUGGUUUGAUGACCACUCUGUUGAAAAGUUUGAAAGAUUCAGUGUUUCCAUCAGAAGGUCAAACUAACGCUGUCACCCACUUCCUGAAAGACAACAUGGGAGACUCCAGCUUUGACUACGAUCACUUCUUCAUUGAGAAGAUUUCUGAGAAAAAGAAGGACCACACGUACAGAGUGUUCAAGACGGUGAACCGGAGCGCCCUGGCCUUCCCGUUUGCUGAGGAUUACUCCCUCUCUGGGAGCGAAGGCUCCAAGGUGUCAGUGUGGUGCAGCAACGAUUACCUGGGGAUGAGUCGCCACCCCAGGGUCAUCGGGGAGAUCAGAGAUUCCCUGGAAGAGCAUGGCGCAGGAGCAGGUGGGACCAGAAACAUCUCUGGCACCAGCAACUACCAUGUGUCUCUGGAGCAAGAGCUUGCCCAGCUCCACCAGAAGGAUGCUGCUUUGGUGUUCUCCUCCUGCUUCGUGGCAAAUGACUCAACCCUUUUCACUCUGGCUAAGAUGCUUCCAGGGUGUGAGAUCUACUCCGAUGCAGGAAACCACGCAUCGAUGAUUCAGGGCAUCAGGAACAGCGGCGCCAAGCGCGUCAUCUUCCGCCACAACGACAGUCAACACCUGGAGGAACUUCUCCAAAACUCAGAUCCCAAGACACCAAAAAUAGUGGCAUUUGAGACCGUGCACUCAAUGGACGGUGGCAUAUGUCCUCUGGAAGAGCUGUGCGACGUAGCUCAUCGUUAUGGAGCCCUGACGUUCGUGGACGAGGUUCAUGCUGUGGGCCUGUAUGGAGCUCACGGAGCUGGCGUGGGCGAGAGAGACAACAUAAUGCACAAGAUUGACAUUGUGACUGGGACCUUGGGCAAGGCCUUCGGCUGUGUGGGUGGUUACAUUGCCAGUACCACCGCCCUGGUGGACACGGUGCGCUCCUACGCAGCCGGCUUCAUCUUCACUACUGCUCUGCCCCCGAUGGUCCUGGCUGGAGCCCUGGAGUCUGUACGAGUCCUGAAGAGUCCUGAGGGGCAGGGGCUCCGCAGAGCUCACCAGAGGAACGUGAAACACAUGAGACAGCUGCUCAUGGACAAAGGUCUGCCGGUGGUCAACUGCCCCAGCCACAUCAUCCCAAUACGGGUUGGAGAUGCUUUGCUGAACACACAGGUGUGUGACACCCUGCUACAGAGACACAACAUCUAUGUCCAGGCCAUUAACUACCCCACAGUGCCUCGCGGUGAGGAGCUGCUGCGUCUGGCUCCGUCUCCCCAUCACAAGCCCGACAUGAUGGAAUUCUUUGUGGAGAAACUGGUGGAGGUGUGGCAGGAGGCUGGUCUCCCACUCCAGAGCCCGGCCACUGCUUCCUGCACCUUCUGCGACCGCCCGCUGCACUUUGACCUCAUGAGUGAGUGGGAGAAAUCCUACUUUGGCAAUAUGGAACCGCGAUACAUUACAGUAUGUGCAUGAAACCAAAGUAGAUGCUGCAUCUCAAAAAAUGACAUAAACAUUAAAAGCAUAGGAAACGCAAAAUAAAUUAAAUGUUAAGUUAUUAUAAUCCUACUUCAUGUGCAUGAACAAUACUAAUGCAAUGCUGUUGUGUUUUAGUGUUCUUUCAAAGACUAAAUUCCACUAUUUAUUUUUAGUUACUUAUAUUACUUAUAUCUUUGAAUUUCGAAUAGUGUUUGUAGCAAUUGGUAGGGUUAAAAACACGCUUUCAUUUUGAAAGCAUCAAAGCCUGCACAUUUGACACUUUUUUUUAAAUCUUGUUGGGUGUGAUGAUUUGAAAUAAAGUAUUUAAUGUUGCAUGAUUUAAACAUAUUUAAACAUUCUACUUGUUUUUUUUUACUAUCCACCAUAAUCAAUCGAAAUAAACUAUUUAAAUGUUCAUCUUAUAUUAAAAACUAUGUAAUUAUGAAGAUGCAGAAUUCAAACAUUGUUGUUAAAUGUAACAAACUAAGACUGAACUUUGAUGACAUAACAUGAACCAAUGUUUUGCGCUUCCAUGAACCAUUAAAGAUCCUAUUAAAUUUGGAAAA